UUGACUUUAGCUCCCCCGAGACUAUAUAGAUGGACAAUACUACAGCAGGCAUUGGUAGUGCUGAUCUAUCAGAACACAGAGCUAGCUUUGCUCUUCAAUUUGGUGUCUCUGUUGGCGUUUUCGCUCUAGUUGUAACCAGCAUCAUUGCUUCAUACUUCUUCUGCAACCGCAAGAACAUACCAACGCGCCCUUCUCAACGUGUCUCUACUGCAACUCUUGACCAUGAUUCUGCUACUGUUGUUGAAUUAGGCCUUUAUGAAGCCACUGCCAAUAGCUAUCCAAGGCUGUUGUAUUCGCAAGCCAAGCUUGACAAGGGUGAUGCAAUCGCUCAAUCCUGCUCUAUAUGCUUAGCAGAUUAUAAGGAACGCGACAUGGUAAGGUUGAUGCCAGAAUGUGAUCAUAUCUUCCACCUGCAAUGCAUUGAUCCUUGGCUGAGGCUGCACACAACAUGUCCAAUGUGUCGAAGCUCGCUGUCAAGUACUUCAAUGACUUCUGAUGAGAUACCAUUCGGGCCCUGAAGUUACUCAGUCCAGUUGUCACUUGUUGGCUCUGCUAAAGAUUGAAUUGUGGUGUCCGAGGGCCAUUGAGGGAGGGGAGGGUUUGGGAGUGUUACAAUGGAAAAUCUACAAUUUUCGUGUUAAAACACUGCUGAAUUCUUCCCUUUCAAACGCCUGCGAGCAUCCUGUCAAGUA